CCGCCCCUCCCUGCCGGGCGGUCCUCUCUUCUUGGCCGGGGGGCCUUGCCUCAACCUCGGCUUCGCCUCCCCGCCGAGGCGUAGCUGCGCGGGCUGCGAAGCUCCCGCGACCCAGAAACAGUCGGGCGCGGGCGGAGCGGCGGGGCUGUGUAGCUGCGCCAUGGCCGCGUCGGUGUGGUGCUGCCUGCGUUGCUGCAGGGACGGCGGGACCGGCCACAUUCCUCUCAAGGAGAUGCCGGCCGUACAGCUGGACACGCAGCACAUGGGAACAGAUGUUGUCAUUGUGAAAAAUGGAAGAAGAAUCUGUGGCACCGGAGGGUGUUUAGCCAGUGCACCUUUACAUCAGAACAAAAGCUACUUUGAGUUCAAAAUCCAGUCUACUGGUAUCUGGGGUAUAGGUGUUGCAACUCAGAAAGUGAACUUGAACCAGAUUCCCCUCGGCCGAGACAUGCAUAGUCUCGUGAUGAGAAACGAUGGAGCCCUGUACCACAACAACGAAGAAAAGAGCAGACUGCCAGCCAACAGCCUUCCUCAGGAGGGCGAUGUAGUGGGUAUCACAUAUGACCAUGUAGAAUUAAAUGUGUAUUUGAAUGGGAAAAACAUGCAUUGUCCAGCAUCAGGUAUACGAGGGACAGUGUAUCCAGUUGUGUAUGUUGAUGACAGUGCAAUUCUGGAUUGCCAGUUCAGUGAAUUUUAUCAUACUCCUCCACCAGGUUUUGAAAAAAUAUUAUUUGAGCAGCAGAUCUUCUGAAUGUGUUUGUUUUCAAAACUGGCGCUUCUGCACAACCACACAGCGCUUGCCACUUAAUAAAUCUCUCCCUGACCUAGAGAGGGGAACUCAUCCUGAAAAUCGCUCCUUCUUACUGUUGUCUGAGGAACCCGUGUCUUCAUUAUACCAUGCUGAAGUUUGAUUUGCAAUAUCUAGGCAUUGUGAAAUCAACAUUUGGGGCCACUUAUUUAAUCUUAUUUAAACUAAUAAGCCAUGGGUUUGGUUAACAGUAUUACAUGGUAAUAUGUAUAUAAAUAUUUAAAGGGAAUUUUUCUUAUAUAAAGUAUUUGUUUGACAGUGAUGUGUAAUUGAGUGGUUUUUUUUUUUUUUUUUUGCAUUGUAAACUUGAAUCAUCACAUCCGUAAGCCAAUAAUUUUGUGUCUCCUGUCCUUUUUGAUGAAUUGAACUGGCAGGAACUUAUAUACCUGGCAGCUUAGUUUCACUAAUAUAUUUCCUCUGUUCAUGGACCGCUUUUCUUAAAACAUAAACUGCUUCUUUUGCUAUGUUAUAUAUAUCACUGCUCUCUGUUGCCGUUUUGAAAGGUGAGAGACUAGUUAUCAGACCAUCAAGUGAGUAAGUCGUGGUUGAUUAUGUGUAGUAUACUAGCCGACAUUUACAAGAUUUAUGAUGCUUUAAACCUAAAUGAGCCAGGUGUUGUGGCACACAGCACUUGGGAGACAGGCAGGCAGAUAUCUGAAUUGAGGCUAGCCCGGUCUGUAUAGUGAGUAUGAGUACCAGGACAACCAGGGCUGUGUAGGGAGACUCUGUCAAAAAAAAAAAUCUAAUUGUAUGUUUGCUGUAAGGAAUAAUAAACACUUAUUAA